AUGGGUGGGAGGAAUGAAACCAAAGUCCUGUAUUUCAUUCUCCUGGGUUUUCCAACCACUGGUGAACUGCAGCUGCUUCUCUUCUCUGCUUUACUUCUGGCUUAUUUAUUAACUGUGUUGGAAAACUUCCUUAUCAUUCUCGCCAUCCGAAAUAACCACAGCCUGCAAAAACCCAUGUAUUUCUUCCUAGGGAAUCUGUCUUUCUUAGAGAUCUGCUAUGUCUCUGUCAUUGAGCCAAAGAUGAUCACAGAUGUCCUGUCUCGUGACAAAAGGAUUUCAUUCCAGGGCUGCAUGGCACAGCUGCAUUUCUUUGUGACUCUUGUUUGCACGGAGUACGUUCUGCUGGCCGCGAUGGCCUACGACCGCCUUGUGGCCAUCUGCAAACCCCUCAGGUACCCCCUCUUCAUGAGCCACAAGCUCUGUGCCCAGCUGGUGGCUGCCUGUUGGAUGUGUGGUUUGACCACCUCCUCCAUCAAGCUGAGCUUUAUAGCCAGGCUCUCGUUCUGUGAUGUGGACAAAAUCCAUCAUUAUUUCUGCGACAUUUCCCCCCUCCUGAACAUCUCCUGCAGCGAUUCCUCUUUGGCCGAGCUCGUGGACUUCACCUUGGCUCUGCUGGUCAUCAUGCUGCCUCUGUGCGCUGUGCUGGCCUCCUACAUCUGCAUCCUGAUCACUGUGCUGAAGAUUCCUUCUUCCCAGGGGAGGCAAAAGGCUUUUUCCACCUGCAGCUCCCACCUGGCCGUGGUGAUUUUGUUCUACUCCACCACUCUUUUCACCUACGCCCACCCCAAGCUCAUGUACACCUACCGUGCCAACAAGCUGGUGUCAGUCCUGUACACGGUGGUUGUGCCACUUCUGAACCCUCUCAUAUAUUGCCUUAGAAACAAGGAAGUCAGGGUUGCCAUGAGGAAGACUUUUACUUGCAGAAGAGACACCAAAGAAAUCAACUGGAGAGUCCCACAGAAGGGGCUUUGCUCAUGA